AUAAAAAAUUGAGUGAAUUGUUUGUUCGUGCACGGACACUGGAUGAAAUUGAGAAAUGUGAACGUCUCCGCAGAUUGGCUGAUGCAAGAAUGGAGGACAGAAAUCGACUGCAUAAACGCAGAGAAGAGAGAAUAAAUAAAGAGCAGAUUUCCAGGGAUAAGCUGAUCAAACCUGUCACCUUUGAAGACAUUGCCAGGGAGAGGGCCAUGAUGAAGAGACAAAUCGGAGAAGCAUACACCAUUGCAGAGAUGAUCCAGGACAUUGAUGAGUUUGAGAAGAGGAAAUAUGAAGAAGAGCAAAGGAAAGACAGAACUGAGAUUGCUGUCUCUGACAAGGAGAAAGAUACAUCACCGGAAAUCUAUAUCAAAAUGAUACCAGUCAAGGAGGAAAGAAAUUACAAUUGCUGA